UUGACCAUCUCCAAUGGUCACCAGAAGGCGUCGCGGAGAGAGCCACUGUUAACGGUUUAAAAAAUGGAGGGGAAUGCUGUAAUAAACAACACAAUCGGAGAUUCACCCAGUUAAUGAGUUCUGGGAUCGGACUUUAUUUAUUGUUGUGCCAACCUGGUACUGACAGGGCGGCCCGACAGUCCACUCGAUGUGAUCUUGAGCCAGCGGCGGCCGUGGUUUGCGGCCUCCCCCGCCAUGUCCCGGGCCCCCUGCUCUGUACUCAGCCCUCGCCUGGACCUUUAUAACUUCCAGAGCCCGGAGGCCGAGCUGCGCAGCCGCUAUGUGCUCACCAGCCCGCGCUCGCUCCAGGCGUGCGCGCGCCGCCACGUGCGGCCCGUCCAGCUGCUCCCGCGCUCCCUCCGCGAGCUGGCGCGCGAGGCCCCGCUCGAGCCGCUGCGCCACCUGCACCGCCGGUACCAGGAGCUCGAGAGGGAGCGCCGCAGGAGGCUCCGAGAGUGCAGAGAAGAGAGACAGCGCAUCAUAGAGGAAGAAAAGGCCAGAAGAACACCCAUACCGACUUUUGUGAAAUCUUCUGCUCCACAAUCUACAAAUGAAUCUGGUUUUCCCAACAGUCAUGUCCAUGAAGACCAAAGCUCUUCAAGAGCUCCUCUAUCAGAUGGCAAGAACGUGUCAUUAUCGUUGGGGGCCGUUUCAGAAGAAAGUAAAAGGCCAAUGGACAUGUCUGGACAGCAGAAGACGAAGAAUUCACAGGACACCAGCCUGAAUGGAUAUUUUCGGAAGAACACCAGUCUCGGUGAUCUAAGGCAGGCCCCUGCCACAGCAAAGAAACUGGACAAACUCGUUAGUGAAAUCCGAAGAGAAACCAAUGUGAUCAUUCCUGAACGUGAUCGGAAGAUUGCGGCAUUAAUGCUGGUUAAACAUCAGGAAGAACAGGAGAGGUUGGAACAGUGUCUCAGAGCCCAGCAGUUCUGGGAUAAACUGAAGAGGACAGAAAGAUUAGCACAAGUGAAGCAAGAGACGGAAAGACAAAAAGGCUUGAUCAAGAGUAUUGGCAGGUGGCGAAAGGAACGGGAAAUGAGACAGUCCAAAAUACAACAAGAACUAAAACAACUGGCUGAUCUGCGGGAGAAAGACGUGAUUUCAAAAGAAAAUAAGUGGAAAAUGUUGGCUGAGGAGCAGGAAUUAAAGAAGAAAGAAAAAUUAGAACAAGCCAAGUAUGAAGCAGAAAUCCGUAAACAUCACCAAAAUCAAUUGCGGGAACAAACUGAAACCAUCAAGCAAAUUAGCAAAGAACAAGAAGUACAGGUUUCACAGGCAAAGCUGUCAAAUGCCACUCAAAAACGACUGCUGAAAGAAAUGAGCAACCAGAACAAAAUCAAGCUGGAGAAUGAACAUGAAAAGCUGAAGCACAUGAUGCUGAAAAAGGAGAUUGACAAUCUGACGAAGACUGAGGAGUUAAUGGUGAGGAUGUCACAGGAACGGAAGCUUUUACGAUUCAAGGAAAACCAUAAACUUCUGGUGGAAGAAAGAAAGAAAGGGCUGAGAGAAAAAGCAACCAGGGAGAAAAACCAGAUCCUCCAAGCUAAAUUAAGGGCUGAGAAACUAGAACAGGAACAGAAGGAACGUAAGGAAGCAUUGGCUGAAAUCUCUGACUUCAAAAUAGAACAAGCUCAGAAAACUAUGUUGAAGUGCGUCCAAAAUAAAGCCCUGCAGACACACAAGACCAGGUCAGAGAAAGAGAGGAUUCACCAGCAGAUAAAAAAGAAGGUUGAGGAGGAAGAAGAAUGGCAUCGACAAGCUAUGGAAGAAACAAUUAAAAGGAAAGAGAAGAGGAGUGAAGAAAUUUUGAAAGUGAAGAAAGCAACCAUAGAGGAGUCCCGCCAAGUUGCCCGGGCAGCCUUCCAAAUGAGAGAACGUGUGCGAGAACUGAUCAACAGCCGUUCAUUCGAUCAAAUGGCUAUGGAAGCUGCGCUUUGGGCCAGCUUGGUGAAAAAAAUAGCUUUCUGAUGUCUGAGGAGAGAAAACUGGUUGAUUUAAUUCCUUGUUGGCUGUACUUCUCUUAUAAAAAGAUUUUAUUUUUCCUCUGGAUGACACUAGGGCAGCUAGUUAUGGGUUUUUUAAAAAAGGAAAACACAGUGAUGCUCAUACUUCAGUUAAUGGACCAUGAGGUGAUGAGUGUUCUCAAAGUUAAAAUUCUGAGAAUCUAUUGCAAGAUUAUCUUGAGGGAUAUCAUUGUGUAGUAGAAUUAAACAAUUUAUUGGUACGUAAACAGAAAUCAAAACUUUAUCAUGACAACAUUUGUUCCACCAGUGUUGUGAAGCCUUGGUAAAACAAUUGUCCUUUUUGUUAUUUGAACAAUGUACAACAUUUUACUUGUGCAAGUUUAAAUAUUUGGGCAUGUACAUUGAACAAGUCCUUGUUGUUAGAUCUUUCAGGAAAUGCAAUCUUAAAAAAUUGUGAACUUUGAGCCAUCCAUAACAGUUAUGUUUUUCAUAAGAGUGCGAAGAAAACUGUUGCCAGAUUCCUGUAUACAAAGUCUAGCUGUUAAAUGACUUUAUAAGUAUUAGUGGAUUGUGUGUUGCGUUAUUGAUAGUAACUUGCAGGAUGUGUUUUGUGAAUCUCGUAUUUCAUGUCAUCUCAUAUUCUGGGUUUCAGGCAGCACUUGCGCUUCGUCACAUUUUUUUUCGUUAAUACACCCUCCUCUCAUUCUUGCUUUUGGGAAAGGGAGGCAGCUUCAGUGUUUUUAGGGAAGCACAGAGGCUUUGGUUUGCCGGAAGCAGUUCUGUCAGAAGCAUCCUGGAAAAUAAUAUGAACUCAAAGGGAUUCUCUCCAUGUUUUUUUCCCUCGUGCUCCCCUUUUAAUCUGUUCUACCCAGUACAUUACAGCUGUCACAUCACAUCUGUCAUCCUGUGCUGUAAAUUUUUAUCUGUUCAUCUUUCCCACUAGCACACAUUAUUCUUUACUCUUGGCUCACAUUGUCUUCAGUCUUUAAUUUGCCAUUGCCCCCUGGCCUUGGACUUUUCAUUGUUUGCCUUCCAAAUGCACCUCACAUUCCGUCACCAUCCUUGACUCUCACAUUUUCUGCCUUCCUCUCUUUCAUAACUUCAAUUUGUUUUACUUUUGUCAUCCUCUGCUUUCCCCCACCUCCCUCACAUCCAUCAUAUUGUCCUGCCCCUGCAACCCUCACCCUGCACCGACCCCAUCUAUCCCCGUUCCCCCUCACAUCCUUUCUGCCCUUUGUCCUGCCUCUCUCCUUCCCCACGACCUUUUCUGCCUCGCCUGCCCCCCACCGCUCCUUCUUACUCUGUCAUUUGCCACUUCCAUCUCCUUCCCAGUGAUUUUGGCUCAAUUAUCCACUCCCUCACAGUUUGAUUACCCCACCUGCCUCACAUACUCAACAACCUCCCCCCCCCACCAAAAAAAAGGAAAACAACUUUCUGGGCUGCACUACCCUAUCAUGAUCCUCCCUCUGGCACACAUGCACCCUCCCCGAUAUAUCCACUUUGUCCUCCACCCCCCCCUCAGUUGUCACUCUUCUCCCUUUCUUCAUUGUCCUCCAUCCCACCCUUUUUGCCUGCCCUGUUCAGUUGCCCACUACCUGCCGCCUUCUAUUGCCCUGAUUUGUUCCAUUCCAUUAUUCUGUCUCCUCCAUCUUCCCAUUCCCUCUGCUCUGUUGCCCCUUACUUUCACUCCCCUCCCUGUUCCUUUGCUCCAUUCAAUUUGCUUCAUGUCAAGUUUAAACAUUUGUAUUUUAUUUAGCUGAUAAAAGCUCUAAGUGUUCAAGUUUUCGGAUUUAUAUUUCCUCAGCAACCAGUUGAAUAUGAGUGUGUUUCCUGCAGCUGCACUAUCCUUCCUUUAAAGGAGAUCCACACAGAAUAUUCAAAAUUUUAGAUAGUCUCACCAUUAUCUCUUGAAGUUUUUUUAAAACUUCCUUACCAACUUGAGGUGCUACAAUUAAUAUCCUGUGAACAUGAGCCAGCCUCCUCCUCUUUUGUCUUGGAGGUUUUAUACCUGCUUUUAUUCAAAAGUCUGACUUCUGUUGUUUCACUUUGUUAAAUUAUUUUGGUUUGGGAAAGGAGACUGUGUUUUCUUUAUAUGAAUACUAAGGUUGUAACAUAUUUCGAUGAAACCAAAUUGCUGGAAAUGAACACAUUCAGCAGUAUCUGAAAGUAGGGAAAACAGCUUAGAUGUCUCAUUAGAUUUAGAUGUAGAUGCCACAUGAAAGCCAGAUUACAACAUUAAUCUGUCUCUUUCUUUUGAGGAACCAGCUGUGUUUGUACAGCAAUUACAGUUUAUAUCGGAUACCCAGUUCUCUUUUAUCUCACCGUGUAAUUAUUAUACAUUGCCUGUGUAAUCAACGCUCCUUUUUGUAUAGUGCAGGGUGAGAACUGACUAACAAUUCCUCCUUGUUACAGAUCUGAGAGACCUAACCUGUCUGCAUACCACUUAGGCACGGCCUAAAUGUUUCUAUUUUUGAUAUAGAAUCACAUCUGUCCCUCCUCACUUUUUUUUAAAAAAGCUACCUAUUCAUUAGUUCCAUUCUAUAGUCUUCCAAAUUUUCUUUUUCUAAGUAGAGAUCCAAGUACCAGCUGAAAAUUGCUAAUGAAAUUGCUUCCACAAGACUAUAAAGCAGUGCUUGAUAGAGCAGAGCAGUCCAGACAAUAAGUCAGAGCAAGAAAACAUUCUUCUUGUAUCACCCUCCACACUUUUGCCAUUUGUCCUUUAAUUACUGACCCUUAUUUUUCUUAUUCAUUCAUGAAAUGUGGCAUUGCUGGCUAGAUCAGCAUUUAUUGUCUGUCCCUAAUUGCCCUCAAGAAAGUGAUAAUGAACCACCUUCUUGAACCACUGCAGUCCAUACGUUGUAGGUAAAACAAUAAUACCAUUAGGGAGGGGCAGGAGCAGCAAAAUGUUUUGAAGUGAGGAUGGUGUGAAACUCCUGCUUCCUCAAAAACACAAAUAAUUUUUCAGAAACAAUUUUAUCUUAAAGCCAUGUUGCCUCUGCCUAAUCAUACUAUGAUUUUUAAUUGGUUUGUUACCUUCCUUAAUAAUAGUUUUCAGAAAUUUUCCUGAUGAUUCUCUUAAUUGUCCCCAAGAUUCCUGUUUUCUCUCUUUCCUUCCAUGAAUAGCAGAAUUAUAUUUGUUGAUUUCCAGUCCACUAGCACUGUUUGUGAAUGUAAAUCAGUAUCAAUGUGUCCACAAUUUCUGCUGCCACUUAUUUUAGAACCCUAGGAUGUAGAUCAUUGGUGGCAGAGAAUUUGUCAGGUUUUAGUUAUAGUAAUUUUCUUCACUUAAUAUUAAUUACUUCAAAUUUACUAUUCAUCAGCUGCAUCAUUUUUAUUCACCUACUACAAUGUGAGGUUAGUAGUUUGUCAGAAAUUGGAUGUUGGAUAAACAGUUUGACAAUACAAAUGUGUUGGAUGGAGAAUGAGAGCCUAUGUUUUCAGUGGACACAAUGAAAUCUGGCCCAAUAUCAGCAUGAAGUUCAACGUUUCAUGUAAGUGAAGGGACCAAUUAUAGAUCCUUAGGAACUCAUGGGCAAUGAUGUAGGUCAGCGAAAGAAGUUGGUGAUAAGACACUGGAGAGAUUCUUGAACAUGUCAUAGAAUUACUGAAUAAAAACCAAAUCUCAUUAUAGAAUGACUAAGAAUGCUGUACUGAGAUUAUGAACAAGUAUAGGUCCCCGAGUGACAGAAGCAGUUGUUCCUAAUGUAAUGGGCAUAAUCAUUGUUAGCAAUGGCUGGAGCCUCGGUUUGAGAUUUCCUACCAGGCACCUAUAGUCAGAACAUAGAACAAUAUAGCGCAGAACAGGCCCUUCGGCCCUCGAUGUUGGCCAACAUGUGAACUAAUCUAAGCCCAUCCCCCUACACUGUCCCAUCAUCAUUCAUAUGCUUGUCCAAAUGCUUAUCAGGGCAUAGGUUUACACCAAAAAGAAAUUUAAGAUGUGUUAAUACACAGCUGGUUCCAGAUUUAAGUUUUAAAAAUCUUUUUGCAUCACAGUAAUAUUAGUUAGGGCAUUAUAAAUGUUUUGCUGCCAAGGGUUUGGUUUAUCCCAGUAUUUGUGGCAUUAGUAAAGCCUUCCACUAAAAUUACAGGGCGUGCAGUUAUAUAACAUGCCACACCUACUGAACGGUAAGGUUAACCAAAUCGUCAGUGAAGCUGAACCCUGAGGUUGUUGAUGCACAUGUUGUGAUGUGGAAUGACCCUCACUGAACCUUCCUCCUUGCCUUCCUUUAGGCAAGUAGGUGAAUUCAGCUUGAUUCCUCACCAGUGACUUACCAAUCUCAGUUAUACUGCGUGGGAUGCUAUUAAUGUGAAAUUAUAUAUUGUAACUCUGUGGCCACAACCAUGACUAACUUUCCUUCUCCAAUUAUUAAUUUCCUCCAUUUCAUUAGGACAUCUCUGUGCCAUGCACUGUUGUGCAGCCAAGAGUCGAGCAGGUACCAGACAUCUGAAAGUACCCUCUGUUUUAUCAGCUGUAAAAUGAAACUAUAUUUUUAUAGGUGAUUCAGUUUUUACUAAUUGUUCAUGUCACAUGGUGCUUGCUACAAUUUCUGAGCUGAGAUGUUUGUCGCCAGUUUGCAGGUGGCCUAUAUAUCGUUUAGCUGAUCAGCGCUGCCCUACUGGGCUGUCAUGUACAGGUAGUUUGAAGGAUCUGUUGAUACUUACGUGCUGUAUGACGAAUGUAAACUUGUGUAGCUUAGAUUAACAACUGAAGCUGAAAAUUCAGUUUAUAUUUGCUAUCAGCCAGUUUAAUUAUGGUUAUUUACUCCUUGAGUCACCUCAGUACUAAAUUCAUACAACCGCUAUCCUAGCCAUUUUCUCACGUUUUUUGAUUAUAGUGUUGCACUCGAUGGAAUGACAAAAAAGUCCUGUUACCAAGGUGUACUGUAUCUGUGAGCAGUCUGGUCUGAUGACUACUGAAUUAUAUGGAAUUACCAGUACACUGCCUGCUGCAGUUUUCUCUGCCAGCGAGUACUUAGAAAAAUGACUGUUCUAGCUGGAGUAAGAGUUGUUUUCUUGUACACUGACAGACAAAUUGCAGCAUUAUUGUUUUAGUCAGCUUAGUAGCAGGCUCAUCUCUAGCCGAGUUUGUUUGUGGGUUGAAUUCCAUUACCAAGCAUUUGAGCCCAAAUCUGUACGAAUUACUGAAGGAGUUGUUGGAGGUGGUAAAAUUUUGUAGUUCCAUUUAAAGAAUUCUUCUGCUGACCUGACCAUUGUUCUCCAAUCAGUGAAUAAAGACCAAGAAUAGAUAAACUGGUCAUUCAUCGCAUGUUUGUGAGCUGAUGCACAGUGUGAGAGGGCUAUUGCAUUUGUCUCUGAACUUUCAUUGCACUAUGUUAUAAGUAUUGUAUGUGAUGAGCUGUUUUAGGGCUUUUCUAAACAGCAAGUGGCACCAUUGAAAUAUUUUCAGAAGCAUGUUGGCUACUUUAAUAUUAAUAGUCUGUUUUAUAGAAUUUAAAAUGGUGCAUUGUUACCCAUCCUCAGAUUUAGCUUGUGAAAUAAAGGACAUUUAAAAUAAAAUAAAUUAGAAAUUUAUUGUGAAUAAAUUAAUAAUAAAUUAGAAAUUGCAUUCACAUAAUCUUGGUCUAAAUUUAAGGUCACAAUUGUUUGUAAAUUGUGUGCUAUAGUGAAUAGGUUUUUGCCUCCACUUGUGAAACAAACUAGUCACUUUAUCACUCACAAGGAAGGCCAUUUGACCAAGUGAUUUUUAAGUCAAACUCUGUUUUUACUCUAUGGGUUUUUCAGCCUGAGUUUGGGGAUCGUAAUUUAUAAUAGCAAUUAGUUUACACAGGCAGACCAAUUCAGUUUGUUUUACACAUGGUGUCUUUUGGGUUACAUUUUGAAAUUCCACCUAAAUUGUUUGGUACUUUCAUACGUUGUUUAAUGAGCUGUACUUGAAGUGAUGGACCGAUUUCCCCUUCCUUAAUAGUGCAGCUCUGAUUCCUGAUACUGGGUCUCUUUUAUUUUGCAUAUUUAUAUAAAUAAUUAAAAUAAGUUGUUUGCUAUUUUUAUAAAGAGUAAGGCUUUCCUUAAAUCGUUCAAUAGCAUUUUAUUUUUAUUAUCAAAGACUAGUGCCUGUGUACAUUUUGUAAUUUUUUUGUCUGUUUUAAUGCCCCAUUUAUUAUUGUUUAAUUAAUCAUUUUAAUAAAAUUCUUAAACAAAUCUUCUUUUUUCAUUUGCAUAGCCAGACAGUGCCAGGUUUGAUCAGUAUUCUGCAUUGUAUGUUCUUACAAUAGAAUGCUUCAAAAUUUCUAUCCACAGGCUAGGAAUGAAUAAAGUUUAUUGGGAAUCCUGUCCUGCUAUCGAUGCAAUGAAACUGGCUGGAAAUUGU